CUCUUUCUUAUUUCCUUUCUUCUCCCCGAUUCAUGUUCCAUGCCGCUUAAUAUCUGACGACCCUUAUUAUACUAAUCUGCUUGUCAGCCAUCGAGUCUUUGAGCAUUAGCAAAAUCCAUCAUGGCACACACAAAUGCAGCGGCCGUGUGGAAUCCGGCUUUCAGGUCGGAAGACGACGUCCCUCCUGUGACGACACCCACCGAACUCGAGAUCGACACCGCGAUCGAAGCCACUAGCAUCCCUCUUGGCUCACCAAUGGAGACCCCUCACGAUGUCUCUUUUGGUGACGUGCUUUCUUCGCCAUCGAAUUAUGCCAACAAUACCCAAGAAGCAACUGCGCCCGAUGUGAGCGUUCCCGGGUCUCCCGCGAAUCGCGAACAAGCGCCAGUUCAGGACGAAGUGGUCACAGAGCCACAGGUACACGACACACCCGAAGGACUGUCAACGGCUAAUAAAGAGAUUAUCGAACCGUCGGAGGAGCCGGUCAGUAUACACGGAGACACAGCGGAGAAUUCUACCGCUACCGGGGAACAUGUCGGAGGCGCUGAACCGGUGCCGAAUGGGGAUGAAGAAGUGCAAAGACCUGUGGAAAUUGCUAGUGACUUGGCAGAGUCAGGCAAUAUCACUCCCACCGGUCCCACCGGCACAUUCCGGGGAGACGAGCUCCCGAAUCCCAAUGGAGAGAUCCAGAGCAGUCACGAUCUCUGGGGAAGCCCUGCUCAGGAGGAACAAGACGGCGAUGAUUUCUUCAAUCAGCUCAAGACGCAAACAAAGCCCAUAUACUUCUCGCCCGAAACAGAGACGAGAUUUGAGGAAGGCGUUCCGUUGCUGAGUAGGGGCAUUGAUUCUCUAAUUGAGCCUCCAGAGACGGUGGAAAGCCGAAUCAAUAAAGUAUUCAAGGCCGGCGGAGAUGAGGAAGAUAAUUUCUUCAAAUCCGUGCCAGACUCAGCUUCUGAGCAAAGUCCUGAAGUUCAUCUCACUCGAAAGAGCACGUCUCAAGUGUUGGAUUCAUUGGGUGUAUCGGAGGAGCCAACGAACAAUGCUGAGGAGCCGAGCGAGCAGGACCAUGACAGUGCUCCGGCCGCAACGGGCUUAGAUGCGUCUCUGAACGAGAUUACUGAUCCAAGCGGGCAGGAACUUGAGAGCGCUUUGGCAGCAGCCGGUUCGCACGUUCCAGUCGUUACUGUUGAUCCAAGCGAGCAGGAGUUUGAAAAUGUUUUGGCAGCAGCCGGCUCGCAGGCUCCGGUGGAUACUGUUGAUCCUAGCGAGCAGGAAUUCGAGAGUGCUUUGGCAGCAGCCGGCUCUCAAUUUCCAGUCAGUGCUGCCGAUCCAAGCGAACAGGAGUUCCAGAGCGCCUUGACAGCAGCUGGUACGCAAGUUCCAGCCAACGCUGCAGAUGCAAACGAGCAAGAGUUCGAGAGCGCUUUGGCUGCAGCUGGUUCCCCAUUCCCUGUCAAUCCCGCUGAUCCGAGUGAGGAUGAAUUUGAGAAGGCAUUGGCUGCAGCAGGCUCACAGGACAACAUGGAAAAGAGCUCGUCCGACGAUAAUCUGGCAGCGCGCUGGCAGGCAGAGCUCUCCGAUGAAGAGGCCGACGGUUUACCGUCGGAAGAAGACCUCGCAGCCCGAUGGCAAGCAGAGUUGGACGACGAUGAUGACCUGCUUUUUGACGACGAAUCUGCUGGAGGAACUAAGGAGCCAAGUUUCGAAGAAUUACUUGGGAACCCUGCUCCGGUUGCUCAAGCGGGGCCCAGUCCCCUUGCCCCACCAAACAACGCGGUCCGACCCAGAGUGCAGGAAAGGUCUUAUGUCCCACACCAGCCAUCUACAUCGGAUCUGCUCCAGGGAAUCCCCGCAAUGAGCCCCGGGGCUGGCUAUUUUGCCCAGCCACCCCGCCCGACUGAAGCAACAAAGAAAGCCGAGAGUUUCGCCGAACGUGCCAAGGAGGGUUAUAGGUCACCUUAUGAUCUUCCUGAGGACCUUACGCGCCCUCGUCGACCGGUCAUUACCAACCGAGCAGUCGUUUCGCAACCGGGCGUCCCGCCGCCGCCGCCGCGAAGCAACAGCCUUCCAGUACCUCCUCCGAAGGCGCCGGUUUCAGCAUCUUCUAUGCCUACACCUCCGGUCGGCGUGACAUCGACUGCUACUGCACCUGCACCAAAGAACUUUUUUGAAGAACUUCCUUUACCGCCGCCUCGCGCACCUUCUCGGCCGGCAAGCACGGGCCGAUACACACCUGCUCCCAAUGCGGUGCCAGCAGCGCCAUCGUACUCGGCGCCUCCGCCACCGGUUAAUCCGUAUGCUAGCGCUAUACCCGCUCCUCAGCCAACCGGCGACUCUCAGCCCCAGCCUCAAUUACAACAACCUGAAAGAAUAGACCCCUAUGCGAGUUUGUUGAGCCCAAGUGCUCCUGGCGGCGCAUCUGCAGCUCCUGGUGCAUCGAGAUAUUCGCCGAAGCCACCGAAUUUGCAGAAUGGAAUCAAGCCACCAGCCUCCCCGAGAUACUCUCCAGCUCCUCCACCAUCUGGUGCUCCCCCGCCUCCCCGCAACCGCUAUGCUUCUCAGGCUCCUAGCCACCCUGGUCAAGCUGUCACCCUUCCAUUCCAACCCCGUACAUCAAGCCCUCUGGCUCAUCAUGAGAAGGUCUCCUAUCGUCCUCAGGAAGAGUUGGAAAAGCGACCGUCCUUAGAUUAUUCGGCACUCCCUCCUAUCAUCGAUGUGCAAUCUCAUCCUGAGUCCGCCGUUAACCCGCUGUUCACACCUGGCGAAACUGCUAUUGAAGCCACAAUUACCGGUGUUGAUCUAAGCGAACAGAACGCAAGCAUGCAGCCGAUGUCUCCCCCAAGAAAUCAGUAUGCUCCGCCCGAAUAUGUUAACGAAUUCGCUCAACGCAUUACCCCAGCCGGCCAAGUCAACGCCCCGCCAGUCCCUGCGCCCGUUGUUGAUGAGCGCCCCUUCAUGCCUCCGCGUAGAUCAAUGACACAAUCACCGGGCCAGCAAACACUUGGCCCUCGAUUAUCUGUGCCAUCAGUUGACCCUUUACAAAGACCUGCCUCAGCCCAUGGCUCUGGCUCACCUACCAAAUCCGUGAAUCCUUAUGCACCAGUCCAAGGUUCGAUACAUAACCGUGCUGCCUCUCAGCAAUUGGACUUCAUUCCUCCAACGGAUGAUCAGCAGUAUGACCCUCUCGAACGCUGGAAGGGGGCGCCUAUAGUCAAAUUCGGCUUUGGUGGCACUGUUUUAUCAUGUUUCCCCAAGCAUAUUCCUCGAUACGCUGCUGGGCAAAUGGCCCCUAGAAUCAAACCAAGUCCUGGAGAGGUGAAAACAUGCCAGCUCAACGACUGGAUCCCGCCCCCGGAAAGCAUUGUACGCCACCCAGGUCCCCUCAAGUCCAAAUCCAAGAAGAAGGAUUUGCUUGCUUGGCUUUCAAGCAAGAUAGCCGCAUUCGAAAAUGUUGGUAUCCCGGGGAGUGCUCGACUCUUUCCUGAUGGCCAUAAGCGCUACGAUGAGAAGGUUCUAUUGUGGAAAGUUGUUCGCGCCAUGGUUGAACACGAUGGUGCCCUCGAAGGCUCACCUGAGGUCCAGAAAUCCCUGCGUAGUAUCAUUCUCCCACAUCUACAAAGCAACGAGACAGACGACAGCUACGACACAGGCUUCCAGUCUAUCAACAGUUCUCAGCCCGCCGAUGCGCCUUCUCGCCCGGAUGCAGCCAAUCCUCAAGCUAUUGGCACCCUCCGUAACAAUCUUCUACUUGGGGAGCGCGAAAAGGCCGUCUGGGCGGCAGUGGAUAGUCGCUUGUGGGGUCACGCGAUGCUUUUAGCGUCGACUAUGGAUCGUUCGGUCUGGAAGCAGGUCGUUCAAGAAUUCGUCAGACGUGAAGUCAGAUCGACUUCCGGAAGCACCGAAUCCUUGGCGGCUCUGUACGAGAUUUUUGCCGGCAAUGUCGAGGAGAGCGUUGAUGAGCUGGUGCCGCCAUCAGCAAGGGCUGGCUUGCAAAUGGUUAGUAAAGUGGACGGACAUGGUUCUGCCAGAAACGCCCUCGAAGGUCUAGAAAGUUGGCGCGAGACGCUCGGCCUCGUACUAAGCAACCGCAGUGCGGAAGAUCACCAAGCUCUCCUGGCCCUUGGACGGCUGCUCUCGAGCUACGGCCGCGUAGAGGCUGCGCACAUUUGCUUUCUUUUCUCACGCGCUGCAGUGUUCGGCGGUGUUGAUGAUCCUCAAACGAGUAUUGUCCUCUUGGGAGCCGAUCAUCAGCGAUCUUCCACCUCUGCACUGCAGGACGAAGACUGUAUAUUGCUCACUGAGGCCUAUGACUAUGCCAAUUCCGUCCUCUCGGCUUCCCCAAAGCCACCGCUCUGUCAUCUCUUGGCUUACAAGUUGGUAUAUGCUUGGUGUCUCGCCGAUCGUGGCCAAAAGACAGAAGCUCAGCAGUACUGUGAUGCCAUUGCAGCAACUGUGAAAGCGACAACCAAAUCCUCGCCCUAUCAUAACCAGCAGCUGUACUGUGGAGUCGACGAGCUUUCAGCAAGGUUGAAGCAGUCGACUAGCGACGGUGGCUCGUCAUGGAUUUCAAGGCCCAGCAUGGAGAAGGUUUCUGGCUCAAUGUGGGCCAAGUUCAAUAGCUUCGUUGCCGGCGAAGACAACGAUGCCACAUCUACCGAUCCUGCGAAGGGUGGCGAGGCAGAUAUAGGCCCAUUUGCUAAAUUAGCUGGCACGCCUACUGUGAGUCGCUCGCCUUCCGUGUCAGACAUUUACGGAGGGCAACCGAGUCAUGGCGCUGUUCCUUCACGUUAUUUACCAAACAACCAAUACGCCCCUACCUCCUCACCCGAGCAAUUCCGCGGCAGAUCGUCUCUUGACUCUCAGAGAUCUUCUUCUUACAAUUUUGGUCUUGCACAGCGCCGGGGCUCGCAGGACCCUUCGACACCGGUUGACAAUGGCCCAUAUCAAGGGGGAAUGUUCUAUAACUCUCCGCCAUCAAACGCAGGCUAUCAGCAAACACCUCCUCAAACGUCGUAUAUGCCUCUGGCACCGGUCGAGGAAGAUUUAGUCUCUCAGCCCCAGGCUAAGGCUCCGUUUGUUCCAGGACCUGGGUCCCCUAAUAUGGUCUCGCCCUACCAACCUCCUGGAUAUGGAUCCUUUGGCCAGCUGCUUCAUGAGACUCCUUCCGCCGUCUCUCAGGCAGAUGAGGGUGGCUAUAUGCCUCCUAUGGGCGGUGGCGGCUAUGAGCCUCCCGCAGAGUCCAACGCCGCACCCGAGUCGGAAAUGCUCGAGGAAGAAGACAACGAAGAGCCGGCUAAGAAGAAGAAGUCAUUCAUGGAAGACGAUGAUGACGAUGAUCUAGCUGCUCGGGCCGCUGCAGUCCAGAAAGCGGAAAAGGCACGCAAGGACCGCGAAGCAGAUGAAGCCUUCCGAAAGGCCGCAGAGGCUGAUGCCAAACGAGGUGCCCCCGCUAAGAAGGGAUGGUUUGGUGGCUGGUUCGGUGGGAAGAAAGAAGGCGAGAAUCCCGGCGGUGGCCCGAUUCGAGCCAAGCUUGGCGAAGAGAGUUCCUUCUACUACGAUACUGAGUUGAAGAAAUGGGUCAACAAGAAAGAUCCGAACAGCGCAACUGCAGCCCGUGCCACGCCACCACCCCCACGUGGAUCCGGGCCUCCCAGCCGGACAGCCAGCGGCACCAGUGGCGCGCCGCCACCACCUGCAACAACUGCAUCUCCGAUGCUGUCCGGGGCCGGAAGCCGCCCUCCAUCUGCUGCAGGUGCCCCUCCGCCCCUUUCCGGCAGCCCCGCCCCGCCAUCCGCUCUAGGCGCUGCGCCUCCAAUCCCGCGGUCCAUCUCGACGGGCGCUGCACUACCCACACCGCCGAGCGCUGGUCUCGCCGCGCCUCCCCGGCCGGCGACGUCAUUGAGCAAUGCCAGCUCCAUCGAUGACCUCCUCGGAGCGCCGCAGGCACGCAAAGGCCCUGCCGCUAAGGGCAAAAAGAAGGGACGUUAUGUCGAUGUCAUGGCAAAAUGAUCGACCUACCCCCUUCUUCCUCCCAUUCCACUCGGGAUGCGGACGUUAGUGGUCUAUAUGAUGUACCCUUAAUACCUCUUUUUUUCCCUAUAUUUUCCUAUAAUGUCUAACGAUUCCUCUAUGUCGGAACCCCCAGCUUUAUAUUACAUGUCAUUGGGGGCGUGUCCUGGCUGCGUCAGGGAGAGUUCAUCAGUUUGAUUUGACGUUCGCUCAGCAAACAGCGUUGCAUGCCGUCUAACCUUACUCCUUUCAAAAUCGGGCUUUCCAUUCUUGGCCCGGCGGCCUAUCCUUUGCAUGACUGGUUAAUUCUCGUGUAAAUUACAUGUGUGCACAUAUUGAAUUUCUG